UGGAAAAAACCGUCCAUUUCUCUCGAGGUCAUUGAGGUGAAGUUUGUGAGACAGGGAUUCCUGAUAUUUUAAAGCAAGAAAAAUAUAUUAGUAUUUUUAAAAAUAAGGAAAGAUGUCUCUGUCUAAUAAACUGACCUUGGAUAAGGUGGACGUGAAGAAUCAGAGAGUAGUGAUGAGGGUGGACUUCAAUGUACCAAUGAAGAAUAAUCAGAUCACUAACAACCAAAGGAUUAAAGCUGCAAUUCCAAGUAUUCAGCAUUGUUUAAACAGUGGAGCCAAGUCAGUGGUGCUCAUGAGCCACUUGGGAAGGCCUGAUGGCAUCCCUAUGCCUGAGAAGUUCUCACUGGCACCAGUUGCAGAGGAAUUGAAGAAACUUAUGGGAAGGAAUAUUAUCUUCCUGAAAAAUUGUGUUGGAUCUGAAGUUGAAGAGGCAUGCGCUAACCCGGCUAAUGGAAGUGUGAUUCUUCUGGAAAAUCUGCGCUUUCAUGUUGAAGAGGAGGGCAAGGGGAAAGAUGCGUCUGGGAAUAAGAUAAAAGCGGAUGAUGAAAAGGUCAAGUCUUUCCGAGCUUCACUGUCCAAGUUGGGUGAUGUGUAUGUCAAUGAUGCUUUUGGAACAGCACACAGAGCUCACAGCUCCAUGGUUGGUGUAAAUUUGUCAAAGAAAGCAGCUGGCUUCUUGAUGAAGAAAGAGCUUGAGUAUUUUGCCAAAGCUCUAGAAACCCCUGAAAGACCAUUCCUUGCCAUUCUGGGUGGGGCUAAAGUUCAAGACAAGAUUCAGCUCAUCAGUAACUUGCUAGAUAAGGUGAAUGAAAUGAUUAUCGGAGGUGGCAUGGCCUUUACAUUCCUGAAAGUCCUCAAUAAGAUGGAGAUUGGUACUUCCCUCUACGAUGAAGAAGGCUCUAAAAUAGUCAACGAUUUGAUGGCUAAGGCUAAGAAGAACGGUGUGAUCAUCACACUGCCUGAAGAUUUUGUGAUCGCAGAUAAAUUUGAUGAAAAUGCCAAUACUGGAGCAGCCACAGUGGCUGCAGGAAUUCCAGCAAAUUGGAUGGGUCUUGAUUGUGGUCCUGAGAGUGUUAAGAAGUUUGUUGCUGCUGUGGGCAGGGCCAAGCUGAUUGUGUGGAAUGGUCCUGUUGGUGUUUUUGAGUGGGACAAGUUUGCCAAUGGCACCAAGGCAGUUAUGGACAAGGUUGUGGAAGUUACCCAGAAAGGCUGUAUCACUAUUAUUGGUGGUGGCGAUACAGCCACUUGCUGUGCCAAGUGGAACACUGAAGACAAAGUCAGCCAUGUUAGCACUGGAGGUGGAGCCAGUUUAGAACUGCUUGAAGGUAAAGUUCUCCCAGGAGUAGAUGCUCUCAGCAACAUCUAAGGACGAGACAACAAGUUGGGUUCCCUUGCACACAUGCCUCAAGGAUUUCACUCUUAUGCUUUAGAAUAUUCAAAAAGUAAUUGUUUCAAUAAUGUAGAUCAUUGUAAAUGAUGAAAAUUAGCUUGUUGCUGUCUUGUUUUAUGUAUAUAUAAUGUAGUCCUAAAGUAAUUUGUUCAGUUUUGUCCAAUUUUUAUGUAAUCAAUUGUCCACUUAUAAUGUUGAAAUGGCUUUACAAGCAAUUAUUGUCUUUCAUGGACUGUAGAGCACUGAUGCACCAAAGUAAGUUUACAAUUCUGUUUUCACUGGAAAUGGACUGUAAUGACUGCUGAAUAAAUAAAUGUGCAUA